AUGUUCGCCGCUCGCCUUUUGACCCGCGUUGCUGUCGCUCGCCCCGCUUCCUACAUGGCUGCCCGCAGCUUCACUGCCCCCUCUGCCCCUUUGAUGCAGGAUAUCCUCAAGGAUUUGUACAUCAAGGAGCUCAAGGGUUACAAGCCUGUCCCUGAGGCCAAGGGCGCUGAUACCACUUCCAAGGUCAAGGAGUUCAAGACCCCCGCUGCCCCCGCCGCCCCCGUUGUUGAUGCUGCUGCCGAUCUCUCUGCCUGGGAGACCGCUAACGUCGAGAUUGCUGAUGCCGUCACCGAGGAUGCUGUUGAGGAGGAGGAGGAGGAGGUUGAGGAGGCUGAGGAGCACCACCACUAA